GUGGCAGGAACAAGUCUCUGCUGACCCCAUGGAGCUGUAUGAGACCUCUCCCUACUUCUAUCAGGAACCUCACUUCUAUGACGGGGAGAACUACCUGCCUGUCCACCUCCAGGGCUUCGAGCCGCCAGGCUACGAGCGGGCUGAGCUCGGCCUGAGCCCCGAGGCUCGCGUGCCCCUUGAAGACAAGGGGCUGGGGCCCGCGGAGCACUGCCCGGGCCAGUGCCUGCCGUGGGCGUGUAAGGUGUGCAAGAGGAAGUCGGUGUCUGUGGACCGGCGGCGCGCCGCCACUCUGAGGGAGAAGCGCAGACUCAAGAAGGUGAAUGAAGCCUUCGAGGCCCUCAAGAGGAGCACCCUGCUCAACCCCAACCAGCGGCUGCCCAAAGUGGAGAUCCUGCGCAGCGCCAUCCAGUACAUAGAGCGCCUGCAGGCCCUGCUCAGCUCCCUCAACCAGGAGGAGCGCGAUCUCCGCUACCGAGGUGGGGGCGGACCCCAGCCAGGGGUGCCCAGUGAAUGCAGCUCCCAUAGCGCCUCCUGCAGUCCACAGUGGGGCAGCGCACUGGAGUUUGGCCCCAACCCAGGGGAUCAUCUGCUCCCAGCGGACCCUACAGAUGCCCACAAUCUGCACUCCCUCACCUCCAUCGUGGACAGCAUCACAGUGGAGGAUGUCACUGCGGCCUUCCCAGAUGAAACCAUACCAAACUGAGAUUGUCUGCCAGGAUGGGCAUCCAUGAGAGCCCCCCCCCCCCCCCCCAGCUGGCCACAGAUGCCACCACUUCUGCAGCAGGGCUCUUCUAAGCCAGGCUUUCCUGAUGCCAGGAAACCAGCUCUGGGGCUGACAAAUGCCAGACUACCCC